AACUGACCUACCAAUCACUACCACACGGUAUAUGAUUUGGAGAAUAUUGUAAAUACACCCUGUAUAUAUUAACCCAAAUUCCAUUUUUCUCAAAAACCCACUAGUUAACAGUUAUCACUGUUAUCAGACACCUUAUGUUCAGUUCUCGCUGCUAAUUAUUUAAUAUGCCAUUAACCUGGGGAAUAAUAGGUGCAGGUAAAAUCAGUGCAGAAUUCGCGAAGGCGAUCUCAACACUUCCCAAUGACCAGCAUCAAGUACUCGCAGUGGCUGCCCAAAAUUUGGAAAGGGCACAACAAUUUGCCGAUGAUCUUCAGAUAGGGACCGCCUAUGGGACAUAUGCCGAAUUAGCAAAUGAUAAACAAAUCGAUAUCGCCUACAUCGGAAACGUAAAUACGCAACAUUUCGAAGUUUCAAAGUUAAUGUUAGCGAGCGGUAAACACGUUUUAUGCGAGAAGCCUUUGACACUGAACGAAGCCGAUAGCCGCGAGCUAAUCGCUCUGGCCGCACAAAAGAAACUGUUUCUAAUGGAAGCUGUAUGGUCACGGUGUUUCCCGGUGUAUGCGAAGUUGAGAAGCUUAAUCGAUGAGGGUGCAAUCGGAGAAGUGAUGUACGUAACGGCACAAUUCGGUCGUGCCUUUAAAGAUGUGGAGAGAAUAACUUCUAAAGAAUUAGGUGGGGGAACGAUUCUGGAUUUAGGAAUUUAUACGUUACAGUUUGCUCAAUUUGUUUAUAAAGGACUAGCACCCCUAAGUAUUACAACGAAAGGAACAUUAAAUGGAAAUGGGGUCGAUGAAUCGACAUCUGCCAUGAUAACGUACAAGGAUGGUAAGAUUGCAAUUGUCUCCACCCACUCUCGAGUCGGGCUGAUGAAUGAAGCUUGUAUUGCGGGUACCAAGGGAAUGAUUAAGGUUCCAAGGUUUUGGGCACCCGAUACAAUUAUAACGGAAACAGAAACAUUCCACUAUGCGCUACCAAAAGUUCCAGCAAUCAAGUUUAGAAAUGAGUACACAAUAGGAUUGUCAUAUGAAGCGCUCGAGGUAGGAAGAUGCAUUGAGAUGGGUUUAUUGGAAAGUCCGAAAAUGACACAUGCAGAGACCAUAGAACUUGCCCAACUAAUGGAUAAAAUGCGAGCUGAUGUGGGAGUGGUAUUUGAUGGAGAAAGUAAAUAGCUGUAUUUUAUUUUAAUAAAAAAUGAGAAUAA